AUCGAUGGUAAAGGGAUGAGGAACGAGAGAGAUAAAGGGAUAAGGGAAUCACCAGAACGGAGAAGGAAGAAGAUGUCGGUGUUAAGCAGUUGCAGCAGCAUAUUCGGGGUGGCGAUGGCGGCGGCGCCACCGCAAAUGGAAAGGAGGGGAAACGGAGUGAUAGUGUGCUCCUCGAGGCCGCAGAAGAAGGCGACGGCGCAUCACCGGAAGUCGAGGCCGCGUAAGUCACAGCCAUGGGACAUCAAUCGGAAGCCAACUGUGUACGCUCCGUUGCCUCCUCUUCCUUCUGAUUGGACUCUCGUCGUUUCCGCUGCUGAUGCAUCUUCUGAUGAGGCUGUUGCUGUUACUCCUUCUGCUUAAUUAGGUACUGAGUUUUCUGUUACGAAUUCUGGUUCAAUGUAUGACUUGUUGAAGGCUGAUGCUACUCUUUGCCUGCCUCUAUUGAUUUGCUUUGUUUCCUGUAUCAAUGUUCAAUUUCAAUUGUGCUUUUCCGCCUUGUA